AUGUUUUGCUACUGCUGCGAAAGCAUUCCAGAGGUGACAGUGGAGGUGCACUCCUCUCCCGUCCUGAAUGAGGACGGCCUCGCCGUUUCAGAACCACCAUCACAGGGAGCUUUCACUGUGAGUUUGGAGCUGGAAGAUUUAAAGCCUCGCUUGUUAGGCGUUGCCCUCGAUAGCACCGAGGAGAAAAACCUCAUGAUCGUGGGUAUCUUUGAUGGAAUCAUCAAGAAGUUUAACGAGAAGUUCCCUCGCCAGGGUGUGAAACAGUUUGACAAGAUCACUGCUGUGAACGGCAAACGGGGUUCGGCCAAUGAGAUGCGGAGGAUGAUGGUCUCUGCCAUUGCCGAUGAAACAUUAGAUUUGCUGCAGCUCACCAUCCGGCGCCCCACUGAAAUACAGGUGCAGCUGGAGAGACCGGGCACUUUGGGCCUACAGGUGAACUACACCGACCUGCUGGGCGGGGUUCUCAUCAGCAAGAUCGUCCCAGAUGGCCUCGUCGAUCGCUGGAAUGCCGAUCCCAAGAACCCCUUGGUGUCUGUGGGGGACCGCAUCAUCGCGCUGAACGGGGAGGACUUGAAAGGUGAUGACCUCCUGGAGUCAUCCGUGACCGACUCCUCCGCAGUCUCCUGGAACUCCCAGGUCACCGAAGAGGAAGCCCGGCGUAAAGAGAAAAAGGAACGCAAGAGUCGAAAGCAACGGCAUCAUUCCGCCGAUGCGCACGCUGAUCGUCCAGCUAAGAAAGACGAUGGCGCCUUGCCAAAACCCCACAAUUGGGCUGAGGAGGUGGUGAAAGCAUCCCUGGAUCCGCAGAACCAGUGGGAGUUCCCGGGCCCGUCCGGAAAAGCCGGAUAUGUGGGACAGCUCGCUGCCUGGGAGCAGCCUCGUGCUCGGGGUUCAGAAGUAGCUUCUCGUGCUCGCGAACGUGCUGAGGAGGUGCAACGCUGGGAGAGACACCAUGAUUCCCAGCAGUACAUCUUCGGCACCCCACGUUGA